AUGGCUUCACCUCGCACCAGCAAAGGAGGUAGCCUAGAUGGUAGGCACGUUUCCUUCGCAGUUGAACUCGAAGUUGUGGCUCUGCGAAGCGACUCUCUACGAGUAGAAAGCGACUCUCUUGUCUUGUCUCCGAGAAGUAGCAGUCUGCCUGACGUCGAGGCCAUGUCGUCUCCAUGCAUGUCACCAUCGACAUCAGAGUCCUUGAUCUCUUUGACGCAAAUCCGGGAGGAGUUUGACGUGGGCCGAAAGACGGGUGAGAACUACACCAGCAACAGCCCAGGUCGGACUCGUGCUGGGUGGCCUUCCGUGAGCUGCUUUAUUGACAAUCUGUGUGUCGACCCCAGUGAGAAGGGAGCAGAAAUCAUAAUGGCGCGAUCUCCUGCUGGAAUUCCUACUAGAAUCCACAAGGAGAGCUUGAGAGGAGAUGCUCCGGGGCAAAAGUUCGAGAAUGACCUGUUGUAUUCAAACUCUCAAAACUCCAGCGCGGAUCAAGAUUGCAAGGGAGACGGCGAAGAAGGCGAUGUUACAGUCGAUGAGGAAGCAUUCCUUCCAGAUACAGAGGAGGUCUUUCUCCCCCCAGAUGAAGACGACUCUGAGGCAGCGUUUCUGCCAAACGACCAAAAUCUGCAGGACGAAGGCGCCUUUAUACCAAUCCAGGAAGAAGAUCCUGCAGGUGUUGCCAUUGCGGAUGAAUUCUUCGAUGAAGAGAACCCCGAAAAUGAUCCAGAAGAUGGACUCUUCGUAGAAAUCGAAGAAGAAGAACAGGUGGGAGAAACAGUGGAAUAUGAUGAUUGCCAGAACACGGAAGAAGCGGCCGUCGAAGAUGCCGUUGAAGACGAUGUCGUUGAAACAACCGAACGAAUUCUGGAAGAGGAACCUAUGGAAGUUCAUCUGGGAGAUGCAACGGCGCAUGUGGACGAGGCACAAUGGGAAGACGCAGUCGAAGUCGAACACGUGCCGGAGGAUCAACUUUCUGAUUAUGCAGAAGACGAUCCAGAUGACUACGAAGAACACCACCAAGCGGAGUCUGGUGAAGAGCAACUAUCAGACUAUGACGAGUGUCACCCUAUAGACGAGGAAGUUGAAGAAGAUCAUAGCGCAGAAUACGUUGAAUGUCAGCCAGACGAAUCCCCUGAAGAACAUCCCUCAGACAAUGAAUAUGAAGAUCAUCAAGAGCAAGACCCUGGCGAAAAGCAGCACUUGGAAUGCGAAGAAAAGCAUCCAGAACAAGAGUAUGUUGAAGACCCACUCUCAGAUUAUGUCGACACUGUUGACGAAGCACAGCUUCUUGGUUGUCCUGACGAUACGAAAGAGUACGAAUCGGCUAAACCUGUUGAAGAAUACACCGAAAAAGGCAACGAAGGCGACGAGAACCUCGAACAGCAUAUAGAGGAGGACACCGAGGAUCUCACUUUCACGACCGACGACUACAGCGAAGAAAGGUGUACAGGCCGGCACACAACAGACGAACCUGACGAGGGAAACCCUGAGGAUCAAGCUGAAGAAGAAAUCAUGGAGAAUUCGUUAGAGCGUGAGGCAGCAAAUGAAACCGAGAACGUGCAAGUCGUUGAAGUCAAGAAAGCCGGCGACAGCUUGGGUUUGAGUGCUUCAAUGGAAGACCCCCCGGAAAUUGUAGCUGCUUCUAGCGAGUCCAGCGAAUCCACUACGGAUGUCCUGGAAAACACAGCUGAGGCUUCUGUGGAACAUCCGAAGGUAGAAGAGACAUGCAAAGCAGAAAUGCAACACACAGCACCCAAGGUUGCAAAUGUCUAUUAUCAUCUCGCUGCAGAGACUGAGUCCGCUGAUCCCAUCAUGGCAACAGCAACCGACGAUAGCGACAUCAGCGAAGCUACCAGAGAGGAGAUUAGAGAGUUACGAAUUCAACUCAAGAACAGUGAAGAGGAAAAGCGCCGAGCAGUCACCGCGGCAGUAGAAGACAUUGAAAGCCGGCUCAAAAGAGACAGCAUGAAAUUGGAACAGGAGCACAAGGAAGAGGUACUGAAGAUUGCCGGAGCCAUGAAAGUUGCGAGUGCUUUGAAGAAUGAGUUUACGGCCGACGAAGAAUUCGGCGAACUGAAAACACUGAAGAGCAGCUUGGGAAACUUGUUGAAGAAUCAAAAGGCCACGAUUGAAUGCCUUCAAGCCUCCGUAGCCGAGAAGGACUACCAUAUAGAAGAGUUGAAAGCUGAGCUUUCACAAUCUGGCCGCCAGGAGAAAGACAUCCAAUCCUCUCUGAAAGUUGCAGAAAGGACUCUGAUUUCAGUCAAGGCGGAACUCACUUCUUCCAGAGCAAAAUCAAGGACCAAGAUUAACACCCUGGUGACCUCUCAACGGGCUGCCGAAGAAGCCCUUGAGGUGGCAAAACAGACCAUCGAGAAUCUCCGAUACAAGCUUCUUCACGCGGAGGGAUUGCUCGGAGAAGCUCGCGAUCAACUCUUCAAGGCUCACGAGAAUGCGGAGACUAUGAGGCAGUUGCAAACGGAGAGAACGGAUGCCAUCGCAAAGCAAGAGGAAUGCAAUUCACUGAUUGAGGAACUUCAAAAGGAAAACAAGGAGAUGCGAAGUUUGACGAAUGAUCAGUCGAAGGACAUCGUUGACAGGGAGACUACUAUCUCGGAGUUGAAGGAAAAGAUCACGCAGCUCGAAAGGUCGUGCCAAGAGGAAAUCAAAUCGAAGGAUUUUCUCCAGCAGGUCAAUCUGGAGCUGGAGAGCAUGAUGCGACAACAGAAACAAUGCGUGGAGGAUAAAGAGCGUGCCAUGCAGGAGAUGAAGAAUGAGAUCCGGGGUCUCCUUGUGUCGGUGGAGAAUGCAGACAUCGAAAAGCUUGACCUUGAGACUGGGCACGAGCAACACAUCCUGCUGCUCAACGAAAGAGUAAAGUCGUUGUCGGAAGAAUCUUCAAAACUGAGAGAUAUACUGUCAGUGUCAUCACGGUCACACGAGUCGGUCGAGCACAGCAACAAGUCGGAGGAUGUUCAGAAGGAAACACAGGAGAAAACUCAAGCGAGUCUGGACCAACAAGAAGUGGCUAAGGGGUCAACUUUGGAAGAUGGCAAUGACGGCAAAGUGCCUACAGAAUCUACUGCGCCUGUGGUGAAGUGUCUCAUCAAUCCGUACGACUCCAGCACCAGGAAGGGUGUCGUUGACGAUUCCAGCACCAUCAGAACCAGUGUCGCAGCGACGACCAAAGAAGCCUGGACCGAGACAAAGGAACAAGGCGACGAAGUCGAUCCGAUCUUCUUGUGUUCCCAGGCAGCAAACAGUGCGAAUAGCGAAAACGUAUCGAGCCACUGCGCCUCCGAUGAAGAAAAGCCAACGUGCAACUCGGUCGCGAGCUCGGGAGAAGCAUCAGGUGAGGAAGUAGAUCCAAUUUUCUCUUGCUCUGCUGCUCUGGCGUCCAAGGAAGAAAGUCAUUCAGGCUCUUACGCCACUGCUGAGGAACCCCAAGACGAAGGAACAGAUUGUGGCAAACUAGCCAUCUCCAAUGAGAAAUGCAAGGAACAACUUCAACAUAUGGACAAAUCUGUUAAAGGGAAUGCUAAGAGUGGCAAGCCGUCUUUGCAGGAAAAGCUUCAGCGCUUCUCGUGUGCAUGCUACGCCAGUACACUGAGCCUUCAGAACUCGGGCGCUCUAUCCGCUACCAAUAGCCUCGCCGAUGCUGUAGUACCUUUCGAAACUGGCUUUGUGGCAGAAGAAACGCACUUGGCCGAGCUGGCGGCAGCCCCUCCUCCAGAAGAGAAGAAGCUCAUUGAGGACGCAGCCACACAAACCGAAGAGUGCGACACUGCAGUAGUAGAUACCUCCGUAGCUGAUCAAGAAGAUUUGAAACCAAUCAAUGGAGUUGUUCUAGAGGGCGACGACGACGCCGAAUUGACCCAAAUCGAAGCAGUUUUGAAUUCAUUGAGCAACCUCGAAUUGACGCUUCAGAUUUCGAAAUCGGCAAGCUCUGAGUGCGUUGAAGAAGAAGUGGAUGAAAGCGUUCCUCCCGAAAACCAAGAUGAUAAAGUUAGUGCUACCAUCUCCGAACCUGGACCGACAGAGGUAUCGAGCUCGAAAUGUGAUGCCGUCCAAGAUCGGAAGUUGAACGGCACCCCCAAGACGAAGGAGAACUCUCCUAGGCUCUCCAACUUGGUCCUACCAGAAUCGCCUGGAGGUGAUUUUGGCUACUUUGGAAACAUGACGAUGCCAGCAUCACCGUUGACAUCACCAUUGACAACUAAGCUCGAGUCAUUGAGUGGGCAGCUUAUGAGAAUCCUUAGUGGUCAAGAGCGUGAAUUUCCGAAGAACAUGCUCGAAGAAAGAGUUGGCAUGUUCAAGAUGGUCAUGAGAACACUGCAGAGAGAAAAAGACAAACAGCUGAGGGAAGCAGAGCAGGAGAAGAGAAGAGCCAUCGAUGAGAUGCGAGAAAAGCUUGAAGAAGAAAAGCGGGCAUUCCUUGCUGAACGAGAACAGCUAGAAGAAGAAAAGAAAGCACUCAUUGCUGAACAGGCCAAGCAAGCUGAACAAGCCAAGCAAGCAAAAGAAGCGAGAGCCAGAGACAACAAGGAGGCGGUGUCGAACACGCAAGACAUCGUCAAGCCGUUUGCCGGAGAAACAGACGCACGUGCGAGACAGGACACCGUCGAACCAUCCAACGUUAUUACCGCAAUACCCGCUCUAGCUGUUCAGCGCGAACCGUCACCAAAUCACACAACCUCUGAGGACAAACAACAAGCGCAGACUGCAGCAGAGCCGAUUGCAGUUGUAGUUGAGACUGUUCAGAGUGUUCAGAGCGACUACUCACCAGCUACACCGCCACCACAACCGCAGAAAGUUGAGUCACCACCGACGGAAUCUCUUUCGGACGAAACAGUACAGGUCAUUGUGGACGACAAGCCAUACCAGAAUAGUAAAGCCGAGCCACAAACCGAAAAGUCGCAGCAGGCUGUUGAGGAACCAUCCACAAAACAACCCACCCAUGACGCGGUCGAGGCCACCAACAAGCCAGAACAGGAAAAUGAGGCUGCAUCAAAUGGAAACUCAGAGGUCGACAACUUGGAGGACGAAGACGCAAAGGAUUCGGCGGCAGAGACGCCCGCGACGGUGGCUGAUGAGGAGGACAUUAAGGAUGCUCCUCAAAUGGAUUCGGCCAAUCUGUUCACGGAAACCCCUGCCGAAAGCCCUGCUCAGAAAUCUGAUGAAACUACUGACGAAUCUCCAUCACAAACGGCUGAUGAAACACCGUCUCAUGGCGAGCCGUCACAGCGAGUGGCUGCUCACGCCACAUGUACCGCAACGCGCAAGCUCUCCAUCGAGGUUUCCGAAUUGGCGACCCCUUCGGUAGCAACGGACUCCAAGCCGUCCUCAGCGCAAGCUCCUUCCGGUUCAAAAAAGCAACCGAGCCCAACAGUAGAGCAAAAGCAAAAGGCUCCCAGAGUUCCUUUGCAUCUUCGACCGCUUCCGUCGCCGACCAACAAGGCGGCCAAGCUAUCUCCCAAGGUUGGUGCACGGUCUCCAUCCAACUCUUCCUCCAAGUCAGCGAAACCAACACCCAAGUCUGGUGUUGUUAGAAAAACUACUGGUGUUUUAAAAGCACCCCAGAAACGCCCAUCCAUUCAACCUCCUAGCUCCAAACGUUCCUCUACCGGCAUUCAACCUCGACCUCCCACCCCAACUUCAAAGCGCUCCUCUUCUGCAACUGCAAAGCGGUCGUCACUGCGACCGCCAACUCCGACUCCUCGACGCACUGCAAUUCCGCCUCCAACAGCUUCUUCGCGUUUGACAACGGCUGCAUCUGCGGCAAGAACCAAACAAAAGCCAGUAAAGAAACCUGCUGCAAGCACCACAACCAAGUCCACCACAACGGCUUCGAGACAAACCAAAACCAUUCCUCGACCAGGUGUCGGGAUCAAGACUCAACAGGCACAGGCAGGAAAGCGUACAAAGACAGCUGCGCCACCCCGAACAGUGGUUAAGCAGAGUCACGCAGCUCAAAAGCAGUCUACCAAUGCCAAGAAGCCUGUCUCGGCUGCUGUUGGAAACAAGGCAAAUGCCCCAGUGUCUCGGAGACCCCAGUCUAUCGAUACUGGAGAUCUAGCUGAUACGUUUGCCUCUCUCCAGAAAACGAGGGAGAAAAUGUCCACCCCUUCGAACAAAGCUCGUGCUGUCCCGAUCUCGGUUGAUGGGCCACAAGUUCGCGAUGAUGUUGGCGAACCUGUAGAGGCGACCCCCGAAGAACGAAUCGUUGUUGUUCAACCUACAGAAGAGAACGCUGGAGUAACACCGAGAGCGGUUCAGGAUCCUGCCCUCGCGCAGGAUCAUAGCAAGCCGACUGCCGCUGAAGCCAACCCGGAGGCUGUCCAAGAGGAACAUGUAGAGGAGGAAACUGGAUUUGGGGAUUCAAGACAGGAACAUGAUGACAUUGGAAGCUUUCACGUAGAAAGCCUUAGCAGCAUUACUGCCAGCAUGACAGAACCUGACGGAGCCGAGGACUACGUAAAUGUCCCACACCAUGCUCUCAGCACAAACCCCCCAACCGCGAAACCUAUUGAUGCAGGGGACCAAACGAUUCCAAAGCCUUUGGAAGAGUUGGCCCCCCAAACCGAUGAAGACGAGUCAAACCAACCCAUUGAUACAACGGGUGAUACAGCAGGUGAAGAAACGAACCUAGCUACUGCCCCAACCGCGAAACCCAUUGAUGUAGGGGACCAAUCGAUUCCGAAGGCUUUCGAAGAGUUGCCCCCCCAAACCGAUGAAGCCGAGUCAAACCAACCCGUUGAUACACCAGGUGAAGAAACGAACCUGGAUAACCAACUCGUGGAUACACCAGGUGAAGAUACACCAGGUGAAGAAACGAACCUAGCUACUGCAGAAGAGCUGGAAACCUCACCCAAAGCUGACGAAGCCGACGAUAUUGGGUUAAAUCAACUAAAGGAUUCAGUGCAACAAACGGAUGCAACCACUGAAGAGUUGGCGGCUCCACCAACAGCUGACGAAACAAAAUCAGACCAAUUGAACAAUGCAGGGAAUGAAAUGCAGUCGACAACUUUAGAAGAGCCAGCUCAGCCAGCAACCGUAGACGAGCCAGCGCCAAGAGAGUUGGCGGCUCCACCAACAGCCGACGAAGCCGAAUCAGACCAAUUGAACAAUGCAGGGAGUGAAAUGCAGUCGACAACUGUACAGGUAGAAGAGCCAGUUCAGCCAGCAACUGUAGACGAGCCAGCGCCAAGAGCCGACGAUUCAGAGGCAGCCGCAAGGUUGCAACACGAGCUGAUGGCCAUUGCCUCCGUCUCCAGUGCUGGUUCCCCUCUACACAACACACAAAGUGCUGUGGAAGAAAUGGAACCAUCUGCAAAAUAUCCUGAACCAGAUACACAUGAUGUGAACAAUAAUGAUGGCACGCCAAGUGCUGGGCAAACCGAUAACGUCGAAUGCAUGGAGCAAGCGACGAACGACGAGGUGAUCGAAUCGGAUGCAGAAGAGCUCGCGCCAAACAAAAACGCUGAACACGAAGCUUGCCCUGCAACGGAAUGCAUGGAAAGUGAAGGGAAUGACGAGCUUGCUUUGCUUUCGGCAGAGAUGCAAGCAGCGUCAGGAUGUGAGUUCUCGUUCAAAUCAGACGACGACGAUGAGUGCAGCAGAGCCAGCCAGGAAACAGGGCCCUUUCCCCAAGCAAACACUUGUUGA